AGGCGGUGUAGCAGGGUGUACCUGGAGGCCUACACGUCCCUCCUCACGGUGGGCAAGGAAGCGCUGGAAGAGUUUUAUGGGAAAGAAUUGAUUUUGGCUGACCGAGAAAUGGUGGAACAAGAAGUGGAUAGCAUUUUGAAAGAAGCUGAUAUUUGCGAUGUCGCAUUCCUUGUAGUUGGUGACCCCUUUGGAGCCACGACACACAGCGAUUUGGUGUUGCGUGCAGUAAAGCUGGGGAUUCCGUACAAGGUCAUCCAUAACGCUUCGAUAAUGAAUGCAGUGGGCUGCUGUGGUUUACAGCUGUACAACUUCGGGGAGACGGUUUCCAUAGUUUUCUGGACAGACACGUGGAAGCCAGAAAGCUUUUUCGACAAGAUCAAGAGGAACAGGCAGAGCGGAAUGCACACGCUGUGCCUGCUUGAUAUUAAAGUGAAGGAGCAGUCUCUGGAGAACCUGGUGAGAGGAAGAAAGAUCUAUGAGCCGCCGCGCUACAUGAGUGUGAGCCAAGCUGCAGAACAGCUUCUUGCCAUUAUUCAGAACAGGAGGCUCCAGGGAGAAGACCCAG